UCAAAGUCUCUAGUCUUUAGCAAGAUGCAGCAAGCAGUACUUGAUUUUUACGGGAAGAAAAAUGUGGAUGAUAUGCCACGACGCGUCCGCCAUUUUGGAACGCUCACAAUAUCAAGAGUUCCAAAGUGCAACAACAUUGUGCAGCAUCAAAACUGCUUACAUUUCAAUUCCUGAAGAAACUGGAUAAACUAACAGAAUGUCGAAGCGAUUGGAAAACGACUGGAAAAAGAAUGAAAAUGGGGGGACAACAUCACCAAAAAAGAGAUGUAUCGAAAAUGGUGACAGUGAUCAAACACUUUCUGGAAACAUGACCAUUCAACAGCAGAACAAUCCUGCGAACCCAACGUCAAUUCAGACCCCAAAACAGUCUAAUUUAACAAUUGACCAAAAGGAUGGUUGUACAGCAUUUGCUCCAGUGAUGGUAGGAAACAACAUAACUGGUCCGCUUAACAUGAACCUGCAUGUGGUGUCUCCGUCUACCUCAGUGAACAAAAAUGAAGUUCUUCAGAACGUAAAGUAUGAGAUGAAAUCAAGAAUGAUGCAAGACUCAAAGUGGAUUUUGGAGGGAAUUGCAUCACAGUCAGUCUCUCUAGACAAGAUCUACACACAAUUGUUCAUCAUCAAUGACGAGUCGGACCCCAUCAACAGAGAACAUGAGAUCCGGCAGAUCGAGACGACGCAUGAUUUAAACACAUCAGCGCAGACGGACAUCAACUACAAUCAAAUCCUUCAACCACACACAGAUGAUAACAGAACCGUGAAGACCGUUUUAACUAAAGGAAUUGCUGGAAUUGGGAAAACGUUCACCGUGCAGAAGUUUGUCUUCGACUGGGCAAGCGGAGAAGCCAAUCAAGAUCUAGACUUUGUGUUUCUGCUCCCAUUCAGAGAGCUGAACUUGGUUGAGCGAGAAAAGAGUCUUUUUGACCUGAUCUGUGUGUUUUACCCUGAGUUUACAGAGGUGAGAGAGAUCUCUGAAUGGAUCUGUGAUAGGAAAGUUCUGUUUAUCUUAGAUGGUCUGGAUGAAUAUAAAAAGGAUUUGAACUUCCAGAACAGCCUUUUGUCAGAUGUGACUAAAGAAGCCUCAGUGGAUGUCCUUCUAGUAAACCUUCUGCAAGGAAAACUUCUCCCGUCCGCACACGUGUGGAUCACCAGCCGACCCGUCGCAACUGGACAGCUUCCGACUGAUAUCUUCAUACAUGGGUACAUCACACAGAUCAGAGGAUUCACAGAUGAGCAAAAGCAGGAGUACUUCGAGAAGCAAUUUAUGAAUCCAGAGCAAAGAAAAGAAGUCAUCCGUCACCUAAAGUCUCAAAAGAGCCUGUGGAUAUUGUGCCACAUCCCUCUGUUUUGCUGGAUUUCAUCGGUUGUUCUUAAAGACAUCAUUGAAAAACAAAAUAAAGAUAGAAACAUGCCCUCAAAUCUGACAGAAAUGUACAUCCACUAUCUGCUCAUUCAGACUGGACUGAGUCACAAGAAAUAUCAAGUAGAGCUGUCCCAAGAAGAUGCUCUCCAGAAACAUAAAGAAGUGAUUAUGAAACUGGCAGAGCUGGCAUACAGGCAGCUGAAGGAUCAGAAUGCCAUCUUCAGAGAAGAAGACUUGAGGAAAUAUAAUAUCUCUGUUGAUGAAGCGUCUCAGUAUCCUGGCGUCAUUACCUGCGUCUCGAAGUGCACAUUUGGAUAUAAGAAGACAAAACUUUUCAGCUUUGUGCAUCUCAGUGUCCAGGAAUUCUUUGCAGCCAUGUUUGCGUUUCAUGAAUUUCUAGAAUCAGGAAAUCAAGACUCCUGGUUAAUUACAGCUAAAAAGAGACCGAACUCUAAUUUGUGUGAAUUUAUGAAAAAUUUGAUUGAUGAGGCCUUGGAAUGUGAAAAUGGACACUUGGACCUUUUUAACUGCUUUGUCUUUGGGAUUUCUUGUGAUUCCAGCAGACAGUUACUUGAAGGAUUCCUGCCUCUAAUCAGGAGAAGUAGUUCAGAUGAUCACAGAAAGGUGGCCACGUACAUUAAGUCUUUAAAGAGGAAAGGUCUGUCUUCUGAGAGAUGCAUCGGUCUUGUUCGUUGUCUGGUGGAGCUCAAGGACAGGUCAUUUUUGCAAGAAAUGCAUGAGCUUGAACGCUCACGGUGCAAAAAGCCCCUCACUCCGUUCCAGUGCACGCUUCUGGCGUACCAGUUUGUGAUGUCCGAUACGAAACACGAUGAGUUUGACCUCAGGAAAUACAACAUCACCUUAGACGGGUUUCAGAGGUUCUCCCCAGCCAUCACGUGCUUCACAAAGGCUCUGCUCAAAGGAAGCAGCUUGUCAGAGCAGCACUGUGAGAUCCUGAGGCGUUACCUGACAUCACCAAACUCUCACCUGACUCAUCUCGAUCUGAGCCACAAUGGUCUGGGUCGGUCCGCACUGAAGAAGCUUUCCACGGCGCUCUGUGACCUCAACUGCCAGAUUGAGAUUCUGAACCUCAGUCACAAUAACUUCCAGAGUCAGGACAUGGAGCUGAUCAGGGAUGUGCUUUCAGGACCAAAUGUGAAUCUGAGAGUCCUGGACCUCAGCGACAAUCCUCUACAGGAUCCAGGAGUGGAUAUUCUCUCAGCUGGACUGAAGAGCCCUAACUGUCAUCUUGAAGUUCUGAAGCUUUCAGGCUGUCAGAUAAAAAAGGGUGUUUAUCAGCUGGUGUCGUCUUUAAAAGACAAUUUAUAUCUGAGAGAGCUGGACCUGCGCUAUAAUGAUCUUGAAAACAUCGGAGAGGAGAAUCUACAGCAUGAGCUGCUCUCAGUGAGUAUUUCCACUGGAGGAGAAUGCAGUCAACAACCAGGACUGGAUAAAUAUUUCGUAGCGCUGACCUUUGACCCUCAGACGGUUAAUGAACACCUCUAUCUGAGCGAGAACAACACUAAAGUCACUCGUCAGAAAGAGAAACAGCAUCUUCCUGAUAAUGACGAGAGAUUCGACAAGUGCAACCAGGUCCUGAGCCGCCAGCCGCUGAUUGGACGCCGCUUCUUUACGGUGGAUGUGAUUGGUCCAGUCGUUCAUGUGGGCGUGGCCUGUGAGGGAAUAAAGAGGAAGGGAGCGAGUGACGUCGUAUGUCUGGGACACAAUGACAUGUCGUGGAGUUUAUGUUUGUCAGAUAAUGUAUGUGUGGCUCAUCACAACAAUAAAACUGUGUCAAUUCAGUCAGAGUCCGUCAGAAAGCUUGGUGUGUUUGUGGACCGGGACGCUGGUUCUGUUUGCUUCUAUAUGUUGAGUCCACAGCAUAAACUCUUGUACGUGUUUGAUGCAGAUUUUCCUGAAGAUCAGGAGCUUUACGCUGCGUUCAGGAUUCAGGAGCCAAACAGCGAAGUCGUUCUCACGCAAGAAUCUCUAUAAAUGUGUGUACAGUUACUGUCUGUGAUUGAUUCCUCGGAUCCGGAGAGAUGAGUGUGUUCAGAUUUACGAUAUUAACCCGACGGACCUGAUGAAAACAACCACCAAAAACCAGCGGCAAUCAUGAACACUGAGCCUCUGAUAGUCCAGCAGAUCUGAACCAGAACUGAGUGACUAGAGAUCAGGGUUUGUCUUGAGUUGUGUAUAUUUCUGAGUAACUGAGUUAACUUGGAUUAAUUGGCUCUAAUGUUUAUGGGACUGAUUCUAUAAUAUCCUGUAAUCAAUGAACUCUCAGUUAAGACUGUAAAACUAUUAUUUGGGUAAAGUACCACUGUUCAUUUUUACAAACAAUUUCAAUUAAGAUGUUUAUGAUUCAGUGGUAAUAUUGUAUUUAUUUCUGUUUUUGAAGCAAUUGAUUGCAAAAUUUUGAAAGAAAUAGUACAGCACCUUAAAUCAUCAACCUGCUAUCUUGACACACUUCCCACAUCUUUUUUCAAAAGUGCGCUUAACUGUUUGGAAGCAGAUCUCUUAGAAGUGGUGAACGCCUCACUUCUUUCUGGGACUUUUCCAAACUCCCUGAAAACUGCAGUUGUUAAGCCCCUUCUGGAAAAGCGCAAUCUUGAUAACACAAUGUUGAGCAACUAUAGACCAAUAUCAAAUCUUCCGUUCAUAGGUGAGAUUAUUGAAAAGGUGGUUUUUAAUCAGCUGAACAACCACUUAAACUUAAAUGGAUACCUGGACAAUUUUCAAUCUGGUUUCCGAGCACAUCAUAGCACAGAGACAGCACUCAUUAAGAUAAUAAAUGAUAUUCGCUUCAAUUCUGAUUCAGGCAAAAUAUCAGUUCUGGUACUACUAGAUCUUAGUGCUGCGUUUGAUACGGUUGAUCAUAACAUACUUCUAGAGAGACUGGAAAACUGGGCCUGGCUUUCUGGGAUGGUACUCAAAUGGUUCAGCUCAUACUUAGAAGGGAGAGGUUAUUAUGUGAGUAUAGGAGAGCAUAAGUCUAAGUGGACGUCCAUGACAUGCGGAGUCCCACAAGGCUCAAUUCUUGCACCGCUCUUGUUUAGCCUGUAUAUGCUCCCACUAAGUCAAAUAAUGAGAAAGAACCAAAUUGCCUAUCACAGUUAUGCCGAUGAUACGCAGAUUUACCCAGCCUUAUCUCCAAAUGACUACAGCCUCAUUGACUCCCUCUGCCAAUGCAUUGAUGAAAUAAACUGUUGGAUGUCCCAGAACUUUCUUCAGUUAAAUAAGGAGAAAACUGAAGUCAUUGCAUUUGGAAACAAAGAUGAAGUUCUCAAGGUGAAUGCAUACCUUGACUCUAGGGGUCAAUCAACUAAAAACCAAGUCAAAAAUCUUGGGGUGUUUCUGGAGACAGACCUUAGUUUUAGUAGUCAUGUCAAAGCAGUAACUAAAUCAGCAUACUAUCAUCUCAAAAACAUUGCAAGAAUUAGAUGUUUUGUUUCCAGUCAAGACUUAGAGAAACUUCAUGUCUUUAUCACCAGCAGGGUGGAUUAUUGUAAUGGUCUCCUUCCAAAGAAGACCAUUAGACAGCUGCAGCUCAUCCAGAACGCUGCUGCCAGGAUUCUGACUAGAACCAGAACAUCUGAGCAUAUCACACCAGUCCUCAGGUCCUUACACUGGCUUCCAGUUACAUUUAGGAUUGAUUUUAAAGUACUUUUACUUGUUUAUAAAUCUCUAAAUGGCCUAGGACCUAAAUACAUUGGAGAUAUGCUCACUGAAUAUAAACCUAACAGACCACUCAGAUCAUUAGGAUCGAGUCAGUUAGAAAUACCAAGGGUUCACACAAAACAAGGGGAGUCUGCUUUUAGCUAUUAUGCCGCCCGCAGUUGGAUCCAGCUUCCAGAAGAGAUCAGAUGUGCUAAAACAUUAGCCACAUUUAAAUCCAGACUCAAAACUCAUCUGUUUAGCUGUGCAUUUGUUAAAUAAGCACUGUGCUACGUCCGAGCUGAUUGCACUAUGUAUAAUCACUUUCUAUUCUUAAAUGUUAAAAUUUGUUUUUUUUUUUAAAUCAAAAGGCUGUCUGUCAUCCUUCAGCGUUCAAACGGUGUGUCGCGUUCGGUUACGACAGACAAGAUGAUGAACCUCUUCAAGAUGAUUUGAUGUUCCUAUUAUACUUGAUCUGUAAAUAAAGAUAAAUGGUUUAGCAUGAAAAGACUUUAUCUUGCUGGAGUUUCAUUUUGUUUCUAAAUCGUGUUCAUUUCUAGAUCACAACUGUUAAAAGACUUAAAAAUGUUAAAAGAGAAGGCCCAAUAAAAUAUUUAAUACACUAUA